GCGCAAAGCUGUCGGGGCGCCCAUCUUCCUUCCAUCUGCUUUCAGUGUCUUGGAAAUGGCAGGGUCUGGUAGAAAAUGGGUGUUUAGAAAGUAGCUCCAUCCGGUAGAUCACAAAAAAUUCCCAAGUGGAAAGCACAGGCCGCACGAUUGGUUCCAAAUACGCAGAGUUUUCCGGAUGGCGGGCCCGUCCUGUCCUGGGGCCUUUUAAAACAAAGCGGCAACAAACAAACCGCCGUAACCAUACAAGGCGGCGCUAACUUGGCAGCGUCAUUCAAAAGCAACACACGUGCAACACACAAACACAGACUUACUCACAUAAUGCACGCAUGUACACAUUUAGUCUCAUGCACAAACACACCGGCAUGAAUGCAAGCGCGCGUGCACACACACACACACACACACACUCAUGCAUGUAUGCGCAGCAUCAGUGACACUUGAGCUGAAUUUAGCCAGAGUGACAUUGACAGGUGAGCUCAUCAGGGAGCGAAGGAGGGGUUGUGCGUGCGUGCGUGCGUGCGUGCGACUGGGUGUGUUGUUCAGGGAGGGGCAAGUUGCUAUCCACUCAGUAUGGACUACAUCUUCCGAGUGGGCUCGGAACGCCGACCACUUGCGCGUCUUACCUCCUCAAGCCAGCUGGUCUGGCUUGCCAAUCUGUUUGAGACGAGGAAUCAAUAGGGAACCCACAGCUGGACCCGGCGCCUCGUCUUCCUGGGGAAGAGCACGCAGCGGUGCUUGCGCGCGCUUCCUCGGUCUGGAUCGCCGCGGGACGGACGGACCCUUGAGACGGAAGAGUCAUGCUGCACUAAAAGACUCGUCAGAGACGGGUGAAGGAGGUGGCAGGCAGGCACACUCAACUGAGCUGAGCAAAAAAGAGCCGAGAUGGGCCGGAAGAAGAUUCAAAUCGCCCGCAUUGUGGACGAACGCAACCGACACGUGACCUUCACCAAGCGCAAGUUUGGCCUGAUGAAGAAGGCGUACGAGCUGAGCGUGCUGUGCGACUGCGAGAUUGCGCUCAUCGUCUUCAACAGCGCCGACAGACUCUUCCAGUACGCCAGCACAGACAUGGACAAAGUGCUGCUCAAGUACACCGAGUGCAACGAGCCCCACGAGAACAGGACCAACGCCGACAUCAUACAUACCUUGCGCAAGAAAGGCCUCAGCGGCAGCAAAAGUCCCGACAUGGAGGCGGACGACGACUCUGCCGGCCAGAGCCCCGAGACGCACGACAAGUACCUCCAAAUGGGCACUGACGUCGUCCACCUGAUGCUCAACAGACAGCCGGUCUGCGGUCUGCCCGCCUCCGGCUACGAGAUGGGCGCCUCCUCGCUGCUGUACCCGCAAGCCGGCAUAGGGGGCGCCGCAGCCGAGCACAACCUGCCGCCUAGCCAUCACGCUUCCAUGCCGAGGAAGGCCGCGUGCCCCCAGCGGCCCCCCGGCAGCCAAGAAGAAGGAAAUGGCGUUUACAGCAACCAGUGCCCCUCCCCUGCCAAGAUGUCACCAGGGGGCGUGUCUCAGAGCCUCCAAGACAAAAGUCCGCCAAUGAGCCACAUACCCGACAACAAGAGCGGCAACAUGGUGGCCAUGAGCGCCAUGAUCAAUCGCUCGCAGACGGCGCAGACGCUGUCCAGUCCGGCCGCGUGCGUGUCUUUUCCCGGUGCCGCCGCGGGAGGCUACCAACCGUCCUCACUGAGCUCCUUUGGCGCUGACUUCUCCAUGGCGGGCGAGCUGACCUCCCUCACCGCUUUCGGGUCGGCCGGGCUCGGCUCCGUGGAAGGCUGGCUGCAGCCGCAGCGUCCCGUCGGCGACCUGCACGACCUGCGCAGCGUGCCGCUCGCUCACAUGGGGCACUUGUGUCACAACGCCAACUUCCCGUCGGGCCACGACCUCCGCAUCAAGUCGGAGCCGGCCUCUCCCUCUGGGGAGCGUGUGGUUGCCCGCCCGGGGCGCUCGCCCGCCGGCAGCGCGUCCAGCUGCGGGAGCUCGUACGACGACGACGGCGGCGGCCGUGUCUUAACCCUAACCACUGCCGGCGGCGGCGACUUUCUCCUACGGGCGGCGGCGGCCAAUCUGGACGAGCGGUCCAGCCCGUCCGUCAAGCGCACGCGACUGACGGAGGGCUGGGCCGCGUGAUACCGACGGGCCGCGCCUUGUCACCUGUAGGCCAGUGUCUCAUUGGCUGCGUUUGGAAGCCAUCAUUCGUCACUACAGGGGCGGGGGGGGGGGUAGGGAUGGGCGAUACCAAUCAUUUUUGAUUGGAUCCGAUACCAAGUAUUUCCUGCCCAAAAAUACCCGAUAUCGAUCUGAUAUCGAUACCGGAAGUGUACAUGAAUUAUUAACCUUUUUAGAAAACCAUGAAUGGAAGAUGCAUAUUAAUAGUACCACUUUAAUUAAAAGGAGCUAUUCUUUA